AUGUUGGUCAGAACAGAAUAUUCUCCGCUGCAGAAAAUUUCUACCAUGCUUUAUGCUUGUAAUCUCUGGAACUAUCAGGCAAUUUGCGAUGUUUUUCCUUUCGCAUGCUCACAACUCUCAUUAUAUCUCACACCACUUUGUUUAAACAAAAGAAUGACAGAACUUUUAAUAUUCCAACAUGGAUUAAAUAUGAUGGCAUCAAGCGUUUUGUUUGCUUUUAUUAAGAAGACAAGGCGUAAGAGCGGAAAUUUUUUUGAUGAUCAUCACAGGAAUCUAAUAUAA